UUUUACGAUUCAUGGAACAACUUGUUCGGAUUAUUCCUUAAUUAUAAAAUUCGAACACCUUUUGGGAGACUAUUCCAAACCAUUUUGUGGACAUUGGGAUUUCAGUGCACCGAAUACUGUUAAUGGAGCGUGGUCGACUUUUGGUUCACGAGUUGUUGAUGCUGCUGAUUCUUACACGAUAUGUGAAUAUAAUCACACAACUAAUUUUGCCAUUUUGAUGAGCCCAGGGAGGACACCACCGUCUCAUCAUUUUCCACUGAGCCUUAUAUCAGCCAUCGGAUGUGGAGUGUCGAUUUUGUUUCUGGUCAUUACAAUUCUCAUUCAUUUUGUUCUUUGGAGGUAUGUGAGAACUGAUAGAACAAAAACACUGAUGAACCUAUGUGUGGCAUUGAUUAUGUCGUAUGUAAUUUUCUUAGCUGGUAUAACACAAACAGAGAAUAAAGUUAUAUGUUCAGCGAUUGCAGUUGGUUUGCAUUUUAUGUUCCUGACUGACUUUGCUUUCAUGCUGGCGGAGGGUAUUCUUAUUGUGAGAAUGGUAGUAUUUGUUUUCCCAACAAAUUCUAUAGUUCAUAAGCUGAUAACAGCAUGUUGGAUUGUUCCUGCUGGCAUAGUUGGAAUUACUGCUGGUGUGACUAAACUUAAAGGCUAUGGCAAUCAGCAGUUUUGUUGGUUAACCCUUGAAUCGAACCUCAUCUGGGCGUUCAUUGGACCAGCACUACUUGUAAUAGUGAUUAAUUUCAUGUUCAUCAUUAUUACGGUGUAUAAAAUGAUGACCAGUAGAGGGUUAGCUGCGAAAACACUUCAAGUGAAAUUUAAGAUUGGCUUAAAAAGUAUUUGUGUCAUUUUACCGUUGUUUGGAGUAACAUGGGUACCAGGAGCAUUUUCUGUGAUAGAUGAUCUGGUCAUGUUCUAAUACCUAUUUGCAACGUUCAACUCUCUCCAGG